UGUCCUGUGUGCUCUUCGGAUUGCCUGAAGCAGCAGACCGAGCCAGUCAGCGCUGCCUGCCAACUACCACUGUCAGCCCGCCGGCGUGAACUCAGUUGACUGACGGGUGCCCGGGAAUUCGUCGUGAAUUCGUCACACCACAAGCCGGUCACCAUCUCGUCCUCAGCGAUUCAUUUCUGCUGCGCCAUCCCAUUCAUCAGCAUGAAGACAGAAGAGAAGAACGCAGCUCCGCGUGUCAGAAUCGCGGUCCUCGGCCAGGCCAACGUGGGCAAAUCAGCCCUGACGGUGCGCUACCUGACCAAAAGAUACAUCGGCGAGUACCGGUCUGAUACAGAUUUGUUGUAUCGCCAGACAGUUACGGUGAACAACGCACCAAUUGAUGUCGAGAUCGUCGACAUAUCUGGUGAAACGACCGACAGCCCGUUGCCCGUGGAGCAGGUGGAGUGGUCGGACGCGUGCGUGCUCGUCUACUCCAUCACGGACCGGCAGUCGUUCGAGUACGCCCACGCGGCUCUGCAGCGGCUCCUCAAGACCGGCCGGCCCACCACUCUGCUGGCCAACAAGGCAGACCUCGAGCACCUCAGACAGGUGGAGGAGUCCGAAGGGCGCAAGGCCGCCUCCGAGGGCAGCUGCGCCUUCUACGAGGUGUCCGCCGUGGACAACACGGCCGGCCUCUACCAGGCUUUCGAUUCGCUGCUGGCCGAGUGCCGCGCCGCGCAGCAGCACCAGCCCAAGGCGCGCAAGUUCUCCGUCUCCAAGAUGCUGGGCACGCUGAUCGGCUCCGCGGCGGGCAAACAGCACCCGCCCCCGCUGCCCGUGGGCGGCGGCACCGUCGUCGAGUUCCACAAGUCGGACCUGCACCGCACGCGCGUCCUCAGCCGGCGGCCCAACUUCGCGGCCACCGCCUCGCUGUGACUCUCCCGGGGGACGGCCGCCGGCGGCGGCCACUCUUGAACCUCUUCCGGCUGUCCGGUCGGCCGAGCGGUCGACCUCGGCCUGCCAGUAGCUGCGCGACGCUGCCUGCGGGCAGGGUCAGCCCCCGCGACGCCCCCUGCGCCAACCGUGCGGAUUCCGAUGCGCGGGCCAGCCCUGCCUAGCGUUUUGGUUCUCCCUCACUCCGCCUUGGUUUCUUUACGGUCUGAGAGGGUAAGGAGAAUGUAGGAGAUAGCGUUCCCUAGGCGUACGGUGGGAAGAAGAGCAACAGGAUAACGGGAAAUACCAACUUCACCCUCUUACGGGCUAUUCCCAGAAGCCUCUCCACGCGUA